AAAGUCAAAAGUCAAACCAACCAAUCAAGAUCAAGAAUGAUGUAAUCUUCACAUAUCGACAAAUAAACCCUUCACAUAAAUUCGCAUCCCUUCUCCUUGCCAACAUUUCAAACACUCUCACUUCUCUUCCCCCCUUUUCAGUCAAUCAAUUCCUCCUUUCAUCUCUUCUUCGAAGUUCGAACACCCUUUUGGUUAAACAUGGUUGGAAGGGAAAACAACUGUAAUCUCCCACCUGGGUUUCGAUUUCACCCCACCGAUGAAGAAUUGAUCAUGUUCUAUCUGCGAAACCAGUCGUUAUCUAAACCAUGUCCUGUUUCUAUAAUCCCUGAAGUUGAUAUCUACAAAUUUGAUCCAUGGGAGUUGCCUGAGAAAACGGAAUUUGAAGAAAACGAAUGGUAUUUCUUCACACCUCGCGAUAGAAAAUACCCAAAUGGAGUUCGCCCAAAUCGAGCAGCUGUUUCAGGGUAUUGGAAAGCUACAGGGACAGAUAAAGCGAUUUACAGUGGAUCAAAAUACGUUGGCGUGAAGAAAGCUUUGGUGUUCUACAAAGGUAGGCCCCCAAAGGGGGUUAAAACCGAUUGGAUUAUGCAUGAGUAUCGAUUGAAAGAGUCUCGAUCACAACCCGCUAAGAAACUCGGAUCAAUGAGGCUUGAUGAUUGGGUUCUAUGUCGAAUUUACAAGAAGAAAACUGCUGCAAAACCUUUGGAACAAAGAGAAGAAGAUUCAAACGCCGAAAAUGUUGCUUCCGAUGAUCAUAAUUCCAUGGAUUUGCAAUCAAUGAAAAUUCCGAGGACGUUUUCACUUGCUCAUUUAUGGGAAUUGGAAUCAUUAGGUUCGAUUUCUCAUCUUUUAGAUGAUCACAACACAAACUAUGAAAACAAUGCCGGAAUCGAAACUGGAAUUGGAAUCAUGCCUCAAUCGUCAACUCCAAUCUUGGAAACGAGGGUAAGGGAAUCGCAUCCCAUCAAGUUUGAAGACACCCAUCAAAACAACUUAAACCAAUCAAGUUUUUUCAGUCCAAUGUUCGGAUUCCAAUGAUAAUAGGAUCAUGAUGGAAUGGAAUUGACAUAGCAAGAUAAUGUUGAAAUAGCAAAAGAAAUGUUUUACUGAUAAUUGUAAAAUAGGUCAUAAAUGGGAUAUAGAAAAAGGGGGAUAUCUUUCUUAUUUUAUUAAUAGUUUUUAAUGCCAAGUGGAAAAUACUUUUAUUUUUCAAUUUGGGUAAUUUUGUAAAAAUGUUUUUUUUAACGUUUUUCUUUUAUAUUUUUAAUCUCUUAACAGUUUGCUUUU